AUGGCCAUGGUUCCUGCUACCCCAAGCGCAGUCUCAUUAGGUGAUGCUGAUGCUGAUUUGCUGACUGCUGAUGAGGCCAUGGGAAAUCAUUGCUGUACCUGCAAGCGGCAGGUGGAUGAACACAACAGCUUGGUGAUUGUGAGGGCUUCUUCAAAAGUCAGUGAGACCAGACGAUGCAGGAAUUGUCACAAUGUUCGGGGGGCAAUCCAAAGGUUGGCCGUAAAACAUGGGAACCUGGUCAAAGACUUUACCAAAGUGGAUGGCGACCGCGCGCAGUCCUUCUAUGAGCAGUUUUCUCAUCUAAGGGGGGAGGACUUGCGCUCCAAACUGGACGAGACUGUCACCCAGUGGAAAACCUCAACGACAAGGUUUGAAUUCGACCAAAAUGUUGAAUUUUUGGAAGAGGAAGAUUUGAAGGAACGGGAAAAGGUUCUUCUGCCCAGUCAAGCAGAAGACGCUCUUCGGGGUCCCAAGUACAACGCCAGUAUCAAAGAUGUCGAAGAACAUGGUACUACUGAGAAGCGCAAGGGGUCUGUGGCAUUGCAGGAAGAUGAGGCACCUAUCAAAAAUAAAAGGACCAGGAAAACAACGGCUGCUGGUGGGUCUGGCGGUGAUGAACCCAAGAUGAAAGCUAGUGAAAAGAAGAAGUUAGGGAAGAAGGUCGAUGGUACGGAGACAAAAACUGUUUUCUUGAAAGACUUGGUGGACAAGGCCCAGGCUUACGGCAGCAUGAUUCCAAGUUAUGUGGUUGACGCUGCCACCCGUGCUGUGGAAGAGACCAAGCAGGCCAUCCACGAUGCAAGGGCCAAGAUUGACUGUGGGAAAGGGACCGCCCAGCCACUGAUCGAUGCAAUGACCGCUGAGUACGAGAAGGUGGCGGAGGCCACUGCCCGUCUCAAGUCCCAGAUCGAUGCUGCGGCAAAUUUCAAGUGA